GAUUGUAUACACCUGUGUCCAUGGAGGGGAUUGGAACACCUGAAUCACAUGAUAUGGAGGGGAUUGGAACACCUGAAUCACAUGAUUGAGAGGGGAUUGGAACACCUGAAUCACAUGAUUGGGAGGGGAUUGGCACACCUGAAUCACAGGAUUGGGAGGGGAUUGGAACACCUGAAUCACAUGAUUGGGAGGGGAUUGGAAACACCUGAAUCACAUGAUUGGGAGGGGAUUGGAACACCUGAAUCACAUGAUAUGGAGGGGAUUGGAGCACCCGAAUCACAUGAUAUGGAGGGGAUUGGAACACCUGAAUCACAUGAUAUGGAGGGGAUUGGAACAUCUGAAUCACAUGAUUUAGAGGGUGGGGCCAAUACUUUUGGCAAUAUAGUGUAAUUGUGCAAAAAA